GGGAUGCCCAGACGGAGGGUGGAACUUGUACAAAGAAGGAGUUAUAUUUUCAAUUCUGCAAGAAUGUGGUCACUUGUCAUUUUGGGGAUAGCCUUUCCUUUUUCAGUAGUUUGCAAUGGGGAACUUGUUGCAAAAUCCCCAGUUAGGUCAGCAGUAUUUGGAAUGAUUAAGAAUGGAAGCAGUUUUAGCACAACACAGAAGGAGAAAAAUGGGCUCGGAAAGCUGAUUGAUCAGAAUGCAUCUUCCAACAGAUCUCCAAGGCAAGUGGAUUACCGUGCAGAAAAAGGAGUGUAUAAAUCCAGCUCCAGGCUGAAACGUCCUUUUUACAGCCAGUCUGGAAGCAGCCAUCCAAACUUUGAAACAGCCAGGGGAAAGAACUGGUGUGCUUACGUUCAUACGAGACUCUCGCCUACCAUAACAAUAGAGAAUGAACAGACAUUUGUGAUGCAGAAAACAAACCCAUGUCCAUUGAAAUUGGGAUACUGCCAGCCAAGAUACCAGAUCCUGAACCGCCCAACCUACAGAAUGAGGCACAAGAUAGUCACUUCGUUGGAAUGGAAGUGCUGUCCUGGCUAUACAGGAGCUACCUGUCAACCCAAAGACCAACAUUUAAGGAGACAAGCGGAAGAGAAUCAAGCUGAGAGUCAGAUAACUGGAGCUGGUGUGCCCCAGGAUCCUCAACAACCUCAUGAUCCAGCAUUAACAGCAAAAUUCAGUGACAAGCUGUAUAAUCAGGAAAUUAAGCUGAGCUUACUGCGAAGGAAAGUGGAAAACAUAUCUGCCAACGUGAAUGAUGUACGGAGUGUGCUGUACUCUCUGGAGGGAAAGAUAAAUGAAGAUCAAGGGAAAAAUCUGCAGUCAACCUCAAAAGCAACAAAAUCAAAAGGGAUUCAGGAGCUGGUCAAAGACCUGGUGAUGCAACAAAUUCAGCUGUUUCAAGACAACACGCAGGACAUGAUAACUCAGCUUUACAAAACCAUUUCAGGUUUAACUGAGGAACUUCAAAGCACCAAAGAUGCAAUCAAUCAGUUAAACAGCACCAUUUUUUCACUAUCUGAGAAUUCUCAGUCCAGAACAAUGAAGCAAAAUGAUACAGCUGUUCUUGAACUCCAAGAGAUCAGGGAGGAAAUGAAAGUGCUUAGAACUGAUCUAGCAGCAGCUUGUAAUGGCACAUCUCAGGAAAUGAAUGAAAAGUUGAAGUCGCUUCAAGCAGAAUUGAAAAAAGAAAGCAAUAGAAUUGAUGCUUUCUAUGAAACCAUGAACCAUACAUUUUCACAGGUAAGAGAAACUCAGGACAGGCUGGACUCCAAUCAGAUAUUCCCAGAUGUCACCGUUUCUGAGGAGGAAGGAGGCCAGUGGGAGGAGAGCUUCCAAAAGAAUUUGCUGAAUAUCACCAAAAAUGUCAACAUUCAGGGCCACAUGAUAUCCCAACUGUAUGCUGAAGUAAAUGUGCACAGGUUACAGCUCUUCAACUUAACACAUUUAGUUGGUGACAAGCAGGAAGUGGUGAUUGGAACAUGCCAAGAGAUGGUUGAAGAAUGCAAGAGUAAUACAGACCAGUUGGACCAAAUGGAGAAUAAACUGCAUAACUUAAAUAAUACAUUCGCUGAUAUUUUCACCUCAUUAGAGGACUUCUUGGCCUCAAUGAAUGAGAGAAUCAGCAUUUUGUCAUAUGAUGUGGAAAUCCUUCAGUCUGUGAAUGAAGGACACGUGCCAGUGGAUGAAACAGGCACCGCUGGCUAUGGUUUUGCGGCCGCUGGCCCUGUCCAUGGUGCUGCUAACCGACCCUUCGUUGACCGUAGUGAUGCUGUCCGCGGUGCUGAACUCGCCUCCUUCAUUGAGCGUUUCAACAAUCUCAGUGUGACCGUGAACAGCUUGUUUGCAUCUAUCAAAGGUGCAGGAGAUGGUUCACCGCUCGGAAACCAAAACCAAGCUGGAGAUGAGUCACUCACCAACUUCCUAGCUGAAUGCCGUCUUGAAAUUGAGGAUGGUUUGAAUGAUACAAUGACAGUCAUUAAUGAUGCUGUUGAUUCCAUGAGAGAUGGUUAUUACAUCCUGAAAAAUAAUGUCACAGAACUACAGGAAUAUGUUUUGGAAUUUUAUCACAAGAAUAUUGAAAAGCAGAGUGAUGUUUUGAGUGUGAUUCCACAAAUAACUCAUUUAAAUGCAUCUUUUAAGGCAAUGCUGGAUGACUUGGUGAGACACCAGUUUGCUUUGGAAACGAUAGGUGGCCUUCAGGAUCUGAACGAAAGUGAGAUAAGUGUACUUCCAAAUCUAAUGAUGAUGUCUCAGUUGUUGAAUAGAACUGUGGCUACAAUUGAAGAUCACCAACAGAUGAUUCGCCAUCUGGAAGAAGCUGUCCUUCAUUCCCCUCCAGUACCUAAAGACUAUGAAUCACGAAUUCUAGCACUUGAAUCACAACUGAACUCUCUAAUGGGGAGGUUGAAAUCAUCAACCAAAAGUAAAGCACCCAAAAUAACACAAGGCGAAGUCCAGCCUGGACCUCCUAAAUAUCAGGUGUUGAGUCGCAAAGUGACAGGAUUACAGUCCAAAUGGGUUAACUUGAACAAGAGGCUCUCCCAAGUGGAAGAGGUGACUGGAAAAACCUGGGGAUUUUGUCAGAAUUUGUCUCUGGUGAUAGCUCAUGUCAAUACCAGUAUUUCAAUGGCUGCAGUGCCAGUAGUAAAGCCAAACAUCACAGCUCUUCAGGAGGAUCUGAGAGACUUCAUGCAAUCUAUCAGUGAAGCCACUGUGGGCAUGUUUUUCACUAAUAUUACUGUUUAUAUGGAUAGGAGCAUUUCUAAUACUGUCAGGAAUUUCCAGAAGCAAAUUAAGCAGUUAUAUAGGAGACCAAGAAUCAUUAACAAAGCCAAUAUUACAACCAACACAGGAAGAAGCCAACGAAAUGCUGACAAGGACACCUUUCCAGUGGAAUCCACCAGCUGUAUGAGUAGCCCAUGCCAGAAUGGGGGAACAUGUAUUAACCAAAGAAAAGGCUUUGUAUGUGCUUGCCGUCCCCCAUUUGGUGGUCCUACCUGUGAUGAAAAGCUACUGGAUGAAAAUGCCUUGAAGACAGAUUUCUCAAAAGGAUUCUACAGAUAUGCUCCGAUGGUGACAUUCUUUGUAGCACAUACCUAUGAGAUGAAAACAGCAGGUCCAAUCAAGUUUAACCAUCUCUAUGUCAAUUAUGGUGCUGGCUAUGCACCAGGAAGUGGGAAGUUUUUGAUUCCUUAUCUUGGUGUGUAUGUUUUUGAAUACAAUAUUGAGUCUUCCAGCCCAUACUUGGCUGGAUACCUAGUGGUUGAUGGAGUGGAUAAACUCGCUUUUCAGUUGAAAGAUAUGAACAAUGAUGCCUCUGCCAGCAGAGUUGUGACAGGUGACGCAAUGCUGGAACUAAACUACGGGCAAAGAGUUUGGUUAAGAUUAACAUCUGGCUCAAUUCCAGCAAAGUUUCCACCCGUGACGACAUUUGGUGGCUAUCUGUUGUACCGUACUUAAAAGAAACAGAACAUAUAUACAGAAUGAUAUAUAAACUCUGAGAAAUCAAUAAAACAGAUACCAGGGGUAUCUUGUACUACU